CAUGCCUGCCCUAAACUUCCCAGUCUUCAUGCAAACAGCUUUUUCCAUACGUCUACCUCUCCUCUCAAGUUUGAAAAUAUCGAGUCCCGAACUGCGGAAUUCCAUUAUCUGACACCGACUAUGAUACCGACUACUGGGACAUUGGCUCAAGCCUUGAACGGCAACUCGGUCUUCCCUUCUCUUCUGCGCCGCGACGCCGAAUCUACUCCACCGACCUCGACGUCUAAGUGGGCUGCGCGACAGGAGUUGUAUCCGGUGUGGAGCGCAUCCGAAGAUGCGAAGAACAGCGCUGCCCGACUCAGCGAUGCUGCGGUUGCUGAGUUGAGCAAGGCUGGCAGCAAGGUGCAGCCAAAACCUUCUCAGAUUGCCAUGUUUUCGCCGCAGUACUACGCUGCAUGCUCCAUUAGCGGUGUACUUGCCUGCGGUUUGACACAUGCAGCUCUCACUCCACUGGAUCUCGUCAAGUGCCGGCGUCAAGUUGACCCUAAACUAUACACGGGUAACUUCCAGGCAUGGAGUAAGAUCUACCGCGCCGAAAGCUUCCGCGGUGUCUUCACUGGCUGGGGUGCUACACUCUUGGGUUACUCGGUUCAGGGCGGACUCAAGUAUGGAGGUUACGAGUUUUUCAAGAAAUUCUACGGUGAUCUUGUCGGCGAAGAGAAUUUCCACAAAUACAAGACUGCUGUAUACUUGGCGGGCAGCGCCUCGGCGGAGAUCAUCGCAGACGUCGGUCUCUGUCCAUUCGAAGCUGUGAAGGUUCGGAUGCAGACAACAAUGCCCCCUUUUGCGAAGACAACCUUUGAUGGCUUCAGGACUGUCACGGCGCAAGAAGGCUUCGGCGGAUUGUACAAGGGGCUAUACCCAUUGUGGGGGCGCCAGAUCCCCUAUACUAUGAUGAAGUUCGCCUCGUUCGAAACCAUUGUCGAGAUGAUAUACAACUACCUACCGGGGACUAAGAACGAUUAUGGGAAAGGUGCCCAAACUGCCGUAUCAUUUACGGGUGGCUACCUCGCCGGUAUCCUAUGUGCGGCCGUCAGCCACCCUGCAGAUGUAAUGGUUUCGAAACUGAAUGCAAAUCGCCAGCCGGGUGAGGCGUUUGGUGCUGCAACUAGCCGGAUCUACAGGGACAUUGGGUUCAGAGGUCUUUGGAAUGGACUUCCGGUUCGAAUUGUCAUGAUCGGAACGCUGACUGGAUUGCAAUGGAUGAUUUACGACUAUUGCAAGCUUAUCAUGGGCUUGCCGACGACGGGUGGCGCACCACCACCUCAAGAGACGAAGUAGUUUUCCUUUGUGCCGAUACUAUUCU